AUCCUCGCUGCACCUCCUUUUUCCCACUCCCUCGCUUUCCUGAUUUCUCAACAUCUCUCUUGUUCUGAUCCUGAUCUUAUUGUUUGACUUAUUGACAACUUAUUUUCCUCUUUAUUAUUUGUGCUGGGGAGACUUCAAAUAUUUCCCUCCUACUCUCACUAUAUUUUCCUCUCUGUCUCACACCCUCCCUCUUUCUAAUUUGCUUUCAUUGCCGUGUCCUUCCCAGGCUGAGAGUUCUCCUCUUUUCCCAGGCUCUUUGGCUGAAAGCAGCAAAGAUAACUUUGACUGUUUUCACUUCAGCACAAGGCAAAGACUGCUGCUCCUAAGGACUUUUGGACGUUGACUGAAUGCUGACACAGCUUUCGGCUAGUUUCUCCACAGGCCAGCCCUCUCUGCUCUGCACGGGUCUUUAAAUGCUGCCAUAAAGAAUACAGCAGCUGAGGCCGAAAUAUAUACUACUGACUCACGAAGGUGGCAGUGAGCUGAAAAUAACCUGGAAGACAUUGAGGAUUUCAUCUUUUAUCAAAGGUCUUUUCUGGCCUUAAAGUAAUAUUUGCUCGUAGUGAGCACACUACACUCUGGAAGUCCUUAUUCGACGAUUGUUCUAUGUAGCACUGAAAUGAAAUCACUCUGGCUAUGGCCCCUCCUCCUCCUCCUCCUCCCCGUUCUACUGGUCAACUUCUCCAACCAAUUAGAAGACAACAAGAUACCGCCCAGUCUGUGUACGGGACACCCAGGUAUCCCAGGCACCCCUGGGUUGCACGGAGGUGCUGGCCAACCAGGAAGAGAUGGGAGGGACGGGCGUGAUUCUGCCCCUGGGGAGAAGGGAGAGAAGGGAGUCGGGGGAGAGCCAGGUGACACAGGCUUUAGGGGCCUCACUGGAGACCAGGGGAACCCUGGAGAUAAAGGAGACAGGGGGCAGUCGGGGGAGUGCGCCAUCGCUCCCAAAUCAGCCUUCAGCGCCAAGUUGUCCGAGGGCCGCACCAAGCCUGUGGCGGCGGAAGACGCUGUGCGCUUUGACAAGGUAAUACUCAACGAGCAGGGCGACUACGACAUGGAAACAGGACGCUUCACCUGCAAAGUGCCCGGCGUCUACUACUUUGCGGUCCACGCCACCGUCUACCGGGCCAGCCUGCAGUUUGACCUGAUGAAAAACGGUCACACGAUGGCGUCGUAUUUCCAGUUCUAUGGGAACUGGCCCAAGCCAGCGUCUUUGUCCGGGGGCUCGCUGCUGCACCUCAUCCCGGGUGACCAGGUGUGGGUACAGAUGGCAUUGGGAGAGUACAGUGGUUUCUACACCAGCUCUAAGACUGACAGCACCUUCACUGGCUUCUUGGUGUACUCAGACUGGAAAAACUCUGCUGUCUUCGCCAAGGGCGAAGGGGUAUAGACAUGGGGGGGACCAAGUUUAGUAUGGGGGCUGGGGGUCCUGCCUCAGAAAAUAUCUGAACAUUUUAAACACAUUUACUGCCAUUCUACAUGAUUCGUGGCUUCUUUAGAAGGAAACUCUGGUCUUUGCAUAAACACAUUAAGCAGUAGACUAUGGCACAUACCAUACUGAUGAGUUGUGAUGAUGAAUCAGGUGAACUGUCGUGCUUUCAGCUGUGCUUCGGGUUAGCCAUUUGACUGCUGCUGUGCGAUGGUGAAUCGUUUUAACAGACGACCUGACGAUGGCCCUACACAGUUUUUGAUCUACAUGCAUCAUUGUUUUUUUGCCUUUACAAACAAGGACAUGGGUUUAAAUGAGACAUGUUGGCUCCUGCAGUUUGUAGGAAUUAGCAACAUAAGAAGGUUAUAUAUCCAGUUUAGUGGUGGAGAGGUAAAGAGGAUUCAAGAAGGCAUCAUACAGGUAUGUGAGCUGUUUAGGACUUCCAACUGUGACAUCGCUGACUGAUGUCAUGGUACUUAGACAGUAUUUUGUGGAAGAAGAAAAAAAGAGUUGUAAAGUAUUCAAACGGAAGCCCUAAAAUAGGCUUUUCACAAUCUUUUAACGUCUCUGUCUGUGCAGCCCUCAGUUAUGUCACCAAUAAAAAUGUCAACUCUCA